AUGACGCCACGGUGGCCCGACGGACGGGAACGGGCACUUCUGGGGGAGGAGACUUCACGCCCACCACCACGGGCUCCUCGUCUUCGUCCGACGCUUCUUCCUCGAAGUCCUCGUCGGACCCAUCAUCAUCCUCCUCCUCUUCUUCAUCAUCGGACUCCCAACAGGGAUGGAGCCCGGGGACGACAAGUGGCGGCGGGUUGUCAUCAUCGUCGGCGUCUUCCUCUUCCAUAUCCUCAAGGUUGGAGCUAUCAGAGACGGCCGUGGAAUUGUUGCCCGAAGGGGCGGCGGAAGCUUCAGGAGCAGCAUCUUCGGUAG